UAACACACCUGUCAAAGUCAGCUGUUUCGUUUCCUACACAAACAAAACGCAACACAACCCGCCAACAAUUCCUGCACGAUGCCGAAGAAUUACGAAGCCGAAAAGAAUAAUCCAUGUCUGAAGGAACAGGAACUAUCGUACAAAUGUCUCAGCAAGAACAACUUCGACCACGGCAAGUGCGAGCUGUAUUAUGCAAACUACAACAAUUGCAAAGAGUUUUGGAAUAAAAUCCGUGCAGAUCGACGGGUGAAAGGAAUCGUUCCUUACCUGCCAGAAGUAGCCGACCGGGAAAGCAUUAAAGCGGAAUUUAUGAAAACCAAACCAACGUUAUAGGACUGACCUUCAAUCAGGCGGUUGCGAUGUUAGGAUUGUGUGUUGUUUUUAAACUCUUAGUUUGUAGUAAAUAGAUGAUAAAGCUACACUCCCGGUAAAUACACACUAUUUUUGUCCGGCGACACAGCACA